AUGGCCCCCCCUGGCGGGCCCACUACGAGAACGAACCAACUCACGCGUCAGGAAGCGGCGGGAUGGAGCACGCACCCGCUCACGCACGACUGGUGGCAGCCGACAGUGGAGGCCUUGCAGCAAGCGGACCCCGUGCCAGCCGAGACCUUCGCCCAAGGGCUGGAGUCCGCAGGGGCCAGCCCAGGGGCGAUAUAUGCCGUGAUCGCCGCUGGGGGCGGAGCACGCCCUGGACACGUGCACCUGCCGCCUGUGGUCAGAGCGCUGGCGGACAGCGCUGGCUACAUCGACAACCUCGCCCAGGACCUCUUGCUCGAGCUCUUCGGGGGGGUCGUGCUGGCGCGGGGGGUCGACCGGCGCGCAGACGAGCUCCGCGACCCGGCCAGGAGAGAGGCGGGGCAGCAAAGGAUCCCCAAGGAGCAACUCCUGGAGAGGUUCACCCGCUUCGAGGCUGGAGACUGGGCGCAGCUUUUGACAGAAGCACAGCCGGGCCCGCCGCGCAGGCCGCCCGAGCGAGACGCGAACGGGCAGAGCAGGGCGCCCGAGGCACGACGGGGCCGGGCGCCAGACGAAAACGAGGAGCUCCGCAGCCGCUGCGAGAGGGCCCGCGAGCUGAUCCGCCUCGGCGAGGUCUCGGCGGCGCGGCAAGCGCUGACAGCGAGCGCGGUGGCACCAGGCACACAGGCCACUCUGGACGAACUCCGGGACCCGGCACGCUGCCUGCAGCAGCCGAGAGAGCAGCUCAGCGAGCGAGCCGCCCGCGCGCCGCCGCAAGGCCUCGCCAGCCUGGAACCAGACCGCCUCCUCACGAACGUGCGCAGGAGUCGCCGGGGCGCUGCGCCGGGCCCCUCAGGGAUGACGGGAGAACACUUGCAGACGCUGCUGGACGACGAGCACUGCUGCGACCUCCUGCACCACGCUGCCACGCUCCUUGCGAGGGCGGAAAUCCCUGGCCCCGUGGCAGAGGCCCUCCGGCUCGGCCGCCUCACGGCGCUGCGCAAGAGCAACGGGAGGGUGCGAGGCAUCGUGACUGGCGACGUCUUCAGGAUACCACACGUCGGGGACCUGCAAUCCUCGUGGCUCCUGCUCAGCAUGUGCGCCAACCCCCGGGCCAACUUCUUCCUGAGGGCGCUGGCUCCCGAGGACACGGCCGCCUUCGCCGCAGCGCACGACGACAACCUGGCCAACGCGCUCGCCGACUUGCUGGAACUCCCGCAAGAAGCUGUCGCAGAAGGCACGUCAGCGCGCCAACGCUGCCAACUGCCGCUUUGCAUGGGGGGGCUCGGCCUGCGAAGCGCGUCCAGGACGGCGCCGGCGGCCUGGUGGGCUUCCUGGGCAGACUGCGCGCAGAUGCUCCGCGAACGCUGCCCCGAGCUCACAAACCAGAUCUGCGCUGCACUGAGCGAGCUGGACCGGGGCCCGCUGCCGGCCGCUCCCGGGUGCUUACAACAAGCCAGCAGGGCAAAGGAGCACCUCUCGGCGCACGGCUUCGCCGCGCCCAACUGGCACGACCUUGCGCAGGGCGCCCGGCCACCGCCGACGCACGAACGGGAGCACGGCGAAUGGGCGCACGGCUGGCAGUUCUGGGCCGCCAGAGUCUUGGAGAACACAGCCCGACAGCAGCUCCUCAACGCCUCCACGCCGCCGGACCGCGCCCUCCUCCGGUCACAGAGCGGGCCGUGCGCGGGACGAGCCUUCACCGCGCUGCCCACGACGGGGGACUUCCACAUCCCGCCGGCAGAAUUCAGAGUCCUGCUCCUCAGGCGCUUGCGAUUUGAUUUACCCUUCGCAGCGAGCGCUUGCAGAUGCAGAGGCAGACUGGACGCCAGAGGUGACCGCAGAGCGGCGUGCCCAAGGGCAGGGGUGCUCAAGAAGAGAUCCAUCCCAUUGGAGAAAGCGGCUGCGCGUAUCUGCCGCGAGGCCGGGGGCCGAGUCGCAGAGAAUCAGCUCCUGCGAGACCUCAACGUGGACGGCGUCGACCCCCGCGACGGGCGCAAGAUCGAGGUCAUCGCGAACGGCCUGCCGCUCUGGGGAGGAGCGCAGCUGGCGAUUGACGCGACCCUGGUGUCGCCAGUCCGCACCGACGGCACCGCGCAGCCCAGAGCCGCGGACGAGGACGGAGUCCAGCUCGCGGUCGCGCGGGGCCGGAAGGAAGCGACCUACCCCGAGCUCAUCGGGUCAAGGAGAUGCCGAUUGGUUGUGCUGGGCUUGGAAGUCGGCGGCAGGUGGUCCGAGGAGGCCCUGACCUUCGUCCGGCUGCUCGCCAGGAGCAGAGCCCGCAGCGCGCCGCAGCGACUCCGAGCGUCGGCGCGGGCGGCGUACCUACACCGCUGGACAGGCUUGGCUGCGGUCGCGGCCCAGAGGGCGUUCGCGGCCACGCUGCUGGAGUUGCCGCCGCACACCCUGGCCGUCGACGGGGACGAGCCGCACCUCGCCGACCUCCUGGCGGACGCCCGCUACACGGAGACGCCGGAGCGAGACGAGGCGCCGCGGCCGGCGGAGCCCCGCUGCGAGGGGGCGGAGGCGGAGGCGGCGGGCUGCGGCUGGCUGGGGCCCGCCAGGGGCCGGCCGAGGCGCGAGGGUGGCGGCGCGCUGGCUGGCGGAGGACAGACGGCCGCCUUCGCCGCAGCGCACGACGACAACCUGGCCAACGCGCUCGCCGACUUGCUGGAACUCCCGCAAGAAGCUGUCGCAGAAGGCACGUCAGCGCGCCAACGCUGCCAACUGCCGCUUUGCAUGGGGGGGCUCGGCCUGCGAAGCGCGCCCAGGACGGCGCCGGCGGCCUGGUGGGCUUCCUGGGCAGACUGCGCAGACUGCGCGCAGAUGCUCCGCGAACGCUGCCCCGAGCUCACAAACCAGAUCUGCGCAGCACUGAGCGAGCUGGACCGGGGCCCGCUGCCGGCCGCUCCCGGGUGCUUACAACAAGCCAGCAGGGCAAAGGAGCACCUCUCGGCACACGGCUUCGCCGCGCCCAACUGGCACGACCUUGCGCAGGGCGCCUGGCCACCGCCGACGCACGAACGGGAGCACGGCGAAUGGGCGCGCGGCUGGCAGUUCUGGGCCGCCAGCGCCUGCGAUUUGAUCUACCCUUCGCAGCGAGCGCUUGCAGAUGCAGAGGCAGACUGGGCGCCAGAGGCCGGGGGCCGAGUCGCAGAGAAUCAGCUCCUGCGAGACCUCAACGUGGACGGCGUCGACCCCCGCGACGGGCGCAAGAUCGAGGUCAUCGCGAACGGCCUGCCGCUCUGGGGAGGAGCGCAGCUGGCGAUUGACGCGACCCUGGUGUCGCCAGUCCGCGCCGACGGCACCGCGCAGCCCAGAGCCGCGGACGAGGACGGAGUCCAGCUCGCGGUCGCGCGGGGCCGGGAGGAAGCGACCUACCCCGAGGUCAUCGGGUCAAGGAGAUGCCGAUUGGUCGUGCUGGGCUUGGAAGUCGGCGGCAGGUGGUCCGAGGAGGCCCUGACCUUCGUCCGGCUGCUCGCCAGGGCCAGAGCCCGCAGCGCGCCGCAGCGACUCCGAGCGUCGGCGCGGGCGGCGUACCUACACCGCUGGACAGGCUUGGCCGCGGUCGCGGCCCAGAGGGCGUUCGCGGCCGCGCUGCUGGAGUUGCCGCCGCACACCCUGGCCGUCGACGGGGACGAGCCGCACCUCGCCGACCUCCUGGCGGACGCCCGCUGCACGGAGACGCCG